UUCUUGUUCCGUUGAAAACCGAAGGGGAGGCUUCCACCUCGUGAACGAGUGUGUUCGUCAGAAUUGGAUUGCCGAGACGAAAUAAUGAAGGGCGGGGAAGGUAGCGGCGAGGUUGGGCUGCAGCAGGGCUUCUGCUGCCGGGAACUCGAGCUCCGAGAAUUUCCCGAUAAGUACGUGAUCCGAUCUCUCGAUCCCAGCUUGCCAGAUCAAGCCUUCGCCGUCAGCCGCUCGGACGGCGGUAUCAAGUCGCUCACUGGGGAUGCUAUAUCUGAAAGUCCUUCUAAAGUUUCACAGAUUUUUGGUGUGGUUGGAAUUCUAAGAUUGAUAUCGGGAACAUACAUACUGGUUAUAACCUCCCGGGAGGAAAUUGGAACCUAUUUUGACUCCCCAAUUUAUUCUGCGAAGUCCAUGAGAUUUUUAUCCUGCCAUAAAGCUUGGAGAACUUCUCAGGAGAAAAGAGAUGAGGGUUACUUCAUGUCUUUGUUGAGGAUAGUGGAGUCAACACCUGGUUUAUAUUAUUCUUAUGAGUUAGAUCUAACGUUAAACUUACAGAGAUCAUGCAAGUUGGAUGAAGUGAGACUUAGCAAACCCCUUUGGAAACAGGCUGACCCACGCUAUAUUUGGAAUAAAACCUUGCUCGAAGAUCUUAUUGAGCAUAAGCUUGAUGCGUUUAUCAUUCCUAUCAUACAAGGAAGCUUCCGAACGAUCGACUUCACUCUCAAACAUUUGCCUGCCAAGAUUUCUUUGAUCUCACGAAGAUGUAACCGCCGUCUCGGAACUAGAAUGUGGAGGAGAGGAGCCAAUCUUGAAGGUGAUACAGCUAACUUUAUUGAAACAGAGCAAUUGUUAGAAUUGGAAGGGUUUAAGUUCUCAUUCUUACAGGUUCGUGGUUCUAUUCCACUGCUUUGGGAGCAGAUUGUGGACUUGAGCUACAAACCAAGGCUUAGGAUAAUUGGGCAUGGAGAAACUGCCAAGGUUGUUGAACGUCAUUUUAAUGAUCUCAUACAAAGAUACGGAAAUAUAGUAGUACUUGACCUGACAGAUGAACAUGGAGACGAGGGGCAGCUAAGCUGUGCAUAUGCUGCUGAAAUGGAGAAACUUUCCCAUGUGAGAUAUGUGUCUUUCGACUUCCAUUGCCAUUGUGCUAAGGGAAGGUUAGAUAACUUAAAAAUUCUAUAUGAUGAAAUCUCUGAGGACUUCCAAAAACAAGGAUAUUUUCUUAUCAAUUCUGAAGGAGUUAUAUUGCAAGAGCAGAGGGGGGUUACUCGUGCAAAUUGCAUCGAUUGCUUGGAUCGGACAAAUGUUACACAGUGUUAUUUGGCAAGGAAAUCAUUGAAUUCACAACUGCAGAAAAUAGGUGCAUUUUCUUCCACUGAUUGCAUAUCUCUGUAUGUCGAUAUAGAUGAAGCGUUCAAGAUGUUGUGGGCUGAACAUGGUGAUGAGAUUAGUUUGGAAUAUACUGGUACUCAUGCCUUGAAGGGAGACUUAGUGAGAUAUGGGAAGCAAACUAUGUCUGGAUGGAUCAAGGAUGGAAUAACUGCUCUUUCUAGAUAUUACUUGAAUAACUUUCAAGAUGGCCUUCGACAGGACGCGCUAGAUCUCAUAAGUGGUCGCUAUGAUGCUAACAGAACUGGUCCUCCCUUCCAGCUCAAAGAUUCAUUUUCGUAUGUUCCAGUUGCAUCUGCUCUGAUAAUUGGAGGUCUUACUGUGACCUCGUUCUCACUGAAUCAAGCAGGGCGGCCUCCGCAGAAUUUUCUUUCCUCAGUUCUAUUAGCAGGUUUGGCUGCUGGGGUUAUGGCUGCAGUGAAGGCUAAUGGAAGGCAGUUCUGCUCCAGACCUCGUCUUUGUGGCCCCUUCUGAACUUUCUCAAAGGUAUAAUUUGUGGUAAUGUUGAAUUUAUAAUACAUUAUUAUAUUGAUUUAGGGUUAAUUGUGAUAAUUAAUAUAUUAAAUUUGUUAAAUAUAUUUUAUGAUGUCUAUGUAGUCUGUUUAUUAAUGUAUAAUUCUUCAAUUUGAUUGUGAGGAUUAAAUUAUUGCCCUUGGGUU